AUGGCCAGUGUCUCUGAGAGUGCUAUACAUUUGGUGAAACUCUUCAUCAGAGAUGAUGAUGCCACAGAUGCUACGACCUGUGAUUCCGGUAACGAAUACGAUGGUAGGGAUAACCUUCGUGUCCUUGCUCUCUUUAUGAUUCUGAUCUCCUCUGCUAUUGGGUCUUUCCUGCCAAUCUUAUCUUCGAAGUACUCCUUCAUUAGGCUACCAGACUGGGUUUGGUUCAUAGCGAAGUUCUUUGGUUCCGGUGUCAUUAUUGCAACCGGGUUCAUCCAUCUAUUGGAGCCUGCUAGUGAUGCUCUUUCAGAUUCAUGUUUGACAGGACCAAUCACAGAAUACCCAUGGGCCUUCGGUAUAUGUUUGAUGUCACUGUUUGCACUGUUCUUCAGUGAAUUGGUUGCACACCACUAUGUCGAGAAGGCUGCACAAGGUUCCAGUGAAGAGGUGCACACUCACUCGCACUUUGGCAAUUUUGGUAAGGUCAAAGAUGACGAAGAGUCUUCAGUGUUUGAAGAAAAGCCAGAUCCUUUAGUGAACGAUGGCAGUAUCUCUCAACCAAAAGAAGAGACUGGGAGAAGUAUUCCAGGUCACAACCACUACUCUCACGCAUCAGAACAUCAAGAUCCUGAAGUCAUCAACACGCCUGUCGAAAAGCAAGCAUUAGAGCAAUACAUGAACCAGAUCCUUUCAGUUUUCGUCUUGGAGUUUGGUAUCCUCUUUCAUUCUGUCUUCAUUGGUCUCUCAUUGGCAGUUGCAGGUGAAGAAUUCAACACCUUAUUCAUUGUGUUAGUCUUCCAUCAAAUGUUUGAAGGUUUGGGUUUGGGUACCAGAAUUGCAGAAUGUCCUUGGGAUCAUAGCAGAAGAUACACGCCAUGGUUGUUGUCAUUAGGUUUCACCCUGACAACUCCAAUAGCUGUGGGUAUUGGUAUUGGUGUAAGACAUACCUAUGCACCAGGUUCCGCAACAGCAUUGAUGACCAACGGUAUCUUUGACUCAAUUUCAGCUGGUAUCCUGAUCUAUACAGGUCUUGUGGAGUUGAUGGCUCAUGAAUUCAUAUACUCUACACAGUUCAAAGGCAACUUUAAGCUCAUGUUUUUGGCCUUCUUUAUCAUGUGUUGGGGUGCUGGUUUGAUGGCCUUACUUGGUAAAUGGGCUUGA